AAAUCGCAGUGUAAUUUUAUAUUUAUGAAUAUUGAAUCCUGUAGAUGAAGGUGUCUCACAGUGUGAACUUAAAGAAUGUGGGAAAUUGGCUAGAAAUUCAUGCUAUAUGUACAGAAAUCCCUGAAGGUGAGGGUGGUAUACAUUGUGAGGUAGGGGCAGUCCCGUAUGUUCAGAGGAGAUUCUGUAUUGAUGUGUGCCACAUUAGUUGUUCAGCAUCAGUGGAUACUGUAGGCCAAAUUGUUUCCUUCUAUGCUGUUUAAUUCUCUGAUAUGGAGUUAAUAAUAUUGAAUCGUCAGUCUGGAUUCCACAAUGAAGUGUCAAGAUAUGGUAAAAGUAGGGCAAAAAACUGAGAUUAAUUUUUGUAAUCUUAAAAACCACAUGCCCAGUUUCCCAGACCAGCCAAAUAUAUUGUGCUGGUUUAGAUACAGUCCCUGAGCCAAAGCAGAGUUUAAAAUCGGACCCAGAUGCAUGGGCUGUAUGUGCUGAAUCUGGACCACCUCGUAGUGAACAGCACUGCAAAGUAAACCAGCUGCCACUCUAGCCUGCAAAUGAUGGUGGAUAUCUGAUAACAUGUUGUCAACCUGUCAGACUAUGAAGGAGCACAGCAAUGGCAAAUGCUGUAAGAGAUUCCUAAGGGCAAACUUUAAGGAGCAACUGAGGUCCCAUCACAGCAAAUGGAAACAUUUAGAUGGCUCGUUGUGUUCCCAAAGACAGUUUUAUUAUCAACAGAAGCAGCGUCUGUGGCUGUCAAUCAGGAAAAGACGGGCCAAGUCUGUGCUAAGAAAGGCCCUUUUGGAUUGUCAACAGUGCAAAACUGUGAAAAACACCAAAUGUUCGAAGUCAAUACGGAAAGAAACUGCGUUGUUGACCUCAAGAGUCAAUGACACACCAACCAAGGAAACAUGUACACCACCCUUUGUACCCCACAAAGGAGGAGAGAGUAAGGGAUGUGAAAUCAGUGAAGUUCGGAACAGCAGUGCUGUAGCCCCAGAUACAGACUGUAAAUCAACAAUUUUAUAUUGUGAAGCAAUCUCAAGAAAUCUAACUGCAAUUUCAAAUGCUACUUGCCUCAACUCUCUACGGAAGAAGAACAAUGGAUUUCAGGACAAAAUUAUAAAUCAAAAACUAUUAAAUGGUUAUAAAAGAAUAGACUUCCACGAGAGCAAAGAUUCUGUGUUCAAUAGUUUACCUCGCAAGGCAAAGCAUCAGCUGAAAGGUCACAAAACCUUUCUGCUGUACAGAAAACCUUCUCUCUUUAGCUUCCGUUAUAGAAUAUUUAAUAGUCAAAAUAGGCGGAAAAAACUCACCAGUCAAAAGCCAGAGAAGCUAAACUUGGUACAGACUAUAAAUCCAAAGAAGACUGGCCAAUGUAUGGAUAAAAUGGCAUGUGAUACAUCUUUGCCAUGUGUCAUAGACGAAGAUUCUAGCCAGAACUUGGAGUUUGUAUCAAAUCAGAAUGUUGGUGUAUCAGAAACAAUGAAGAAAGACAAGAAUUCUUGCCUGGCUAGUCGCUGUGAAGUUUCAGUUACACCUCUUGAUGAAAGGAUGGACACUUCACAAAUGCAGGAGAAUGCGCCUCAUCUUGUUCAAUCCAGUGAAAAGCUUGUUGAAUGUAAUAAUCAGGCAGUUGAUGUAAACUCUGAAGCAAUGUUCCCACCCUCGAGUCCUCAUGAAUCAGAUGCAUCUUGCGCCAGCCAGCUUGUGGGUACAGAUAAGUGGCCUAAAAUCGAUGGGGUGCCCCAGACUUUUACUAUCUCUCAAGGGAGACUCGUGAACAAAACCCCAGUCUGUGACAGGGAGAUGCAGGUCAUCAAUGUAGUAAUGGACUCCAGUCCUGUUUCAUAUGGAUGUACAAACACUUCUCUUAGUGAAUCUGGCCAGUCAGUUUGUUUGCAGAGUGGUGAGCCAUGUCCUGUGCUUCAGCCACAGCUAUUAGAUCACAUUUACUAUAGAUCCACCAAGCAGCAUGAAUCGGUGAAGAGUGAAGCCAAAAAGGGAAAGGAGAAUGAAUCUCAGACCCCCGCUAUUGCCAGUGAACAGUUAAUUUCCUGUAUUCAUGCUUUUCUGGAUGAAUUUUUGACAAAAUAUGGGAGUCUAAUCCCACUUACUGAAAAUGAUGUCCUGAUGAACCUAGAGCAGAUCUUUCAUCAGGAUUUCCAUGACAGGAAAACCUUUAUCCGGAUGGAAAUACGGAAGUAUCAGAAAGCGCAGGUGAACAAGCCAGCACCCAGUUUCCAAGUGGUUUACAACAAGCACGUUUUGACUUUGGAUGACCUGGCUACACUAUAUGGAGAGAACUGGCUAAAUGAUCAGAUAAUAAACAUGUACGGAGAACUGAUUGUAGAUGCAGUACCAGAUAAGGUUCACUUCUUCAAUAGCUUCUUUUACAAGCAGCUUCAAACUAAAGGAUACAACGGAGUGAAGAGAUGGACAAAAAAAGUAGAUUUGUUCAGUAAAGCCCUCCUACUAAUCCCCAUUCAUUUGGAAAUCCAUUGGUCCUUGCUAACAGUUGAUCUUCCGAAUAGGAAAAUUUGCCUUUACGAUUCUCAAGGCAUCCAUUUUAAUUCCUGUGUUCAGAACAUUUUGAAAUAUUUAAAGACAGAAGCUGGUGAGAGGAAUCGUCCUGCAUUCCUGGAAGGGUGGAAAGCAUUUGCCACGACGUGUAUUCCUCAACAGAAAAACGAUAGCGACUGUGGUGUGUUUGUUCUUCAGUACUGCAAGUGCCUGGCUCUAGGAAGACCAUUUCAGUUUUCUCAGAAAGAUAUGCCUGAAGUAAGAAAGCUGAUCUACAGAGAACUGUGUGAGUGCAAACUUAUGGAGUGAGCUGCCAGGUGAUUGAGAUUCCUCCCAGGAAAUUGCAUUCCAGGAAAUUGGUGUGACCAGUUCCGUUACAUGAUGUACAGAAAUUAGGGAGGAAGUACUGAAGGCACAGUUGGAGUGUUUACCUCUUUCCGGGUGCAUGCAUGGCCUGAGCACAUUCAGACUUAAUAAAAGCACAACUUUGCUCGAUUGGCCUGUUGCUGACAAAUUGCAUGUAGCAGUAGAGUAAAAAUUUAGACUUCCUUUUUGUCUGCAUAUUUUGAGACCCUCUAAAGUAAAGGAAGUAGUUAAAUUUACAUUAAUUUAAGAGGAAAACUGAAGUCUUAGUGUAGAAAUUGUUCCAGGUAUUAUUAAGUGAGAAUCCCCACUUUGUAUCCACUAGUGAGAUUUUCACUUUUCCCACAGAUGUUUAAUGACCAUGAGGUCAUUGUAUUAAGCUGCAGCAUGUUUAAAAGUGAAGAUAGUUUCAUUAACAAGAUGACAGUAACUCUGGGGUCAGUACUGUGAAUUCCAGAGGCAAUGAUCACAGUUGGACAUCAAUGCUAAAAUUUAACCUGUUUAACCCAAGGCACUUUUUCUUUAAAAUUGUUUCUGAAUUUUUCUGUCACAUGUUCGAUGGGUUUGCUUCUUCAGUUAAUUAGUAAAACAAUGGAAUGGAUUUUCUGGAUUAAAAUGGUUAUUAUUCGAUCCUUAA